AUGCCAGGCCUCAACCGUUUUGUUUUUAAUAGGGGUCCGGCAGCUUUGGCAGACCACAAAAAGCGUGUUCAUGGGCCACGUCAAUAUAUCUGCGGUAUUUGUUGCGCCGAUUUUGCAACAGAGUCGUAUUUGCGAACACACGUGCGCAUUCACGAAGCGAAACGAUUUUCCUGUCCCAAAUGCGCACACAGCUUCUGCAAUCCAACGGAUUUGAAAAACCACAUGCGCGUUCACAAUGGGGAGAAACCUUUCACUUGUGAGAUUUGUGGGAAGUCCUUCAGACACGUGAGUGGCUUCUAUGCGCACAUACGUAUACAUACGGGGGAAACCCCUUAUUCGUGUCAACUGUGUGGCAAAAAGUUCAGCAACGCUAGUAAUUAUCGCAUGCACACCAAAGUACAUACACAAGAGAUGCAGUUUCGCUGUGAAACUUGUGGAAAAGAGUUUAUUCAACCCAGUAAUUAUAGUCGUCAUCUUCGUGUCCACACGAAAGAAAGGCCAUAUGCCUGCAAUUUGUGUCAAGCCCAGUUUCCCUACUCCACUUCACUGAAGCGACACCAGCAGCGACAGCAUGGAUUAGAAUUGCUGCAGUGUCGCGCUUGCCAAAAGACUUUCUUAAACGAACCUAGUUUUGUUCGACAUCGGACAGGCUGUGAAUUGCGUGCGUGUGUGAAUUUUAGUAGUACGAGACUAUGCAAUGAGCUGCUCUAACAAGGCACUCAACAUGCUUGUCUUGCUGCUACACUUUGAUACGAUUCACCAUCUGUCAAGUCUGGUCGUUGUUCUUCAUCUGAAUCGGGCCUUCGCAUGAAUCGGCUUACUCACCCGGUUUUAAUUCCUCACAAACUUUUAUCCCACUCCCGCCCUGGCUUGCUUUGAUUCCAAAUACAUUAUAAAUCUCCCGUUCC